AUGGUUGCCAACAUGCUUCGUCCGCUGGCCACAACCGCGGCUCCAGCCUCGGCUUCUGAGCUGUGCGCUUCCUCCUGCUUUGUAUCAAAGCAAUUGAAGCGUUACAAGGUCCGAGAUGCCAUCCUUUCCCGUCGCAAGCAAUGGCAGAGCACGUUUGCCUCGUCUCGCCAGCGCGCAAUUGUUCCCGCAAUCUCGAAGCCUCUAGCAUUGAUUCGUCAUGUCUCGGUUCCUGUGACUCCUCCUCGGACUUAUUCCACCGUGGUGCUUCCCAAGACGACUCCGUACGAUCACCUCACCGUUGGCGUCCCCACCGAAAUCUUUCCUGGAGAGCGCCGAGUUUCUCUGACACCUGCCAAUGUAGCCCUACUGAAGAAGAAGGGUUUCAAGCAGGUCCUCGUUGAGCGCGGCGCUGGUACAUCGGCAGACUUUCUCGAUGCCGCUUAUGAAGCGGCUGGCGCAACUCUGGUAACUGGUCCCAAGGAUGUCUGGUCCAACGCCGACAUUAUUCUCAAGGUUCGCGGCCCUGGUCUUGGUGAAGUCGACUGCAUGAAAGAAGGUCAAACCAUCAUCUCUCUGCUUCAACCCGCUCAGAACAAGGAACUCGUCGAAAAGAUUGCCGCCAGGAAAGCCACUAGCUUCGCCAUGGACAUGAUCCCCCGUAUCUCUCGCGCCCAGGUCUUUGACGCUCUCAGCAGCAUGGCCAACAUUGCUGGCUACAAGGCUGUCCUCGAGGCUUCAAACGUGUUUGGUAGAUUCUUGACUGGUCAGGUUACAGCCGCUGGAAAGAUCCCCCCUUGCAAGGUUCUGGUUAUCGGUGCCGGCGUCGCUGGCUUGAGUGCUAUCGCUACUGCUCGUCGCAUGGGAGCCAUUGUCCGUGGUUUCGAUACCCGAUCUGCUGCUCGUGAGCAGGUUCAGUCUCUUGGAGCCGAGUUCAUCGAGGUCGAGCUUGAAGAAGACGGAUCUGGCGCUGGUGGCUAUGCAAAGGAAAUGAGCAAGGAAUUUAUCGAGGCCGAGAUGAAGCUCUUCAAGGAACAAGCCAAGGAAGUCGACAUCAUCAUCACAACUGCAUUGAUCCCCGGAAAGCCUGCGCCAAAGCUCCUCAAGAACGAUAUUCUCGAUGUCAUGAAGCCUGGAAGUGUGAUUGUCGAUCUGGCUGCUGAGGCUGGAGGAAACUGUGAAGCUACCAAGAAGGGCGAGCUGGCUGUUUACAACGACGUCAAGAUUAUUGGAUACACUGAUCUGCCUUCUCGCUUGCCAACUCAGUCUUCCACGCUCUACUCCAACAACAUCACCAAGUUCCUGCUCUCCAUGGCCCCUGAACCCAAGGCUUUCGGUAUCGAUCUCUCGGAUGAAGUUGUCCGAGGCGCCAUCGUCACUCAAGACGGAGACAUUCUCCCGCCUGCUCCUCGACCUGCACCUCCUCCCGCGCCCGUCAAGACCGAACCCGUCGAGGCAGCCCCUGAACCCGUAGCUCUGACCCCCUGGCAGAAAAAGACCCGUGAAGUCGCUGGCGUCACAGCUGGUAUGGGCAGCAUCAUGGCCCUUGGCAAGUGGACCAGCCCUCUUCUCAUGUCCAAUGCCUUUACUUUUGCUCUGGCUAGUCUCAUCGGUUACCGUGCUGUCUGGGGUGUUGCGCCUGCGCUGCACUCUCCUCUCAUGAGUGUUACCAACGCCAUCUCUGGUAUGGUCGGUAUUGGCGGUCUGUUUAUUCUCGGAGGUGGAUUCUUGCCAGAGACUGUUCCCCAGGCUUUUGGUGCUCUGAGUGUUCUUCUCGCCUUUGUCAAUGUUGGUGGUGGUUUUGUCAUUACCAAGCGCAUGCUGGAUAUGUUUAAGCGACCUACUGACCCUCCUGAGUAUCCUUGGCUGUAUGCUAUCCCCGCUGCUCUCUGCGGUGGAGGCUUCGUUGCCGCUGCCUCUACUGGAGCUGCUGGUCUCGUCCAAGCCGGAUACCUCAUCAGCUCAGUCCUCUGCAUCGGUUCCAUCUCCAGUCUUGCCUCUCAGGCUACUGCCCGUAUGGGGAAUAUGAUCGGCAUACUCGGUGUCGGCACUGGUGUCCUGGCUAGUCUUCUUGCUGCUGGCUUUACCCCUGAGGUUCUCACACAGUUUGGUGGUCUCGCUGCUCUUGGCACCAUUGCUGGUUUCCUCAUUGGCAAGCGUAUUACUCCCACCGAUCUCCCUCAGACCGUCGCUGCUCUUCACUCCGUCGUUGGUCUCGCCGCUGUUCUCACCAGCAUCGGCAGUGUCAUGGCUGAUGUCAUGGACCCCUCAACACUUCACCUCGUAACAGCCUACCUCGGUGUUCUCAUUGGUGGCAUCACCUUUACCGGUUCCAUCGUUGCCUUCCUCAAGCUCGGCGGCAGGAUGAGCUCCAAGCCCAAGAUUCUCCCUGGACGUCAUGCCAUCAACUCUGGGCUGCUGGCUACCAACGUUGCUACGAUGGGAGCCUUUGUUACAAUGGCACCAGGAAGUCCCAUGAUUGCAGCUGGAGCACUCGCUGCCAACGCUGCACUGAGCUUCAUCAAGGGAUACACAACUACCGCCGCCAUUGGAGGUGCUGAUAUGCCUGUCGUCAUCACCGUCUUGAACGCUUAUAGCGGCUUCGCCCUUGUCGCUGAGGGCUUCAUGUUGGAUAACCCCCUCCUCACCACCGUCGGAGCCCUAAUCGGCGUCUCCGGUUCCAUUCUCUCAUACAUCAUGUGUGUCGCCAUGAACCGCUCCCUCACAAACGUCUUGUUCGGAGGCCUCGGCACACCGACAGCAAUGCAAGAGUACAAACCCCAAGGUGAAGUUACAACAACAUCUGUAGAAGACCUCGCAGAUGCCCUCCUCAACUCUGAAAAGGUCAUCCUCAUCGUCGGCUACGGCAUGGCUGUGGCAAAGGCCCAGUACGCCUUGUCCAGCAUUGUCUCGUCUCUGAGGGCCAAGGGCAUCACUGUUCGCUUCGCCAUUCACCCCGUUGCUGGCCGUAUGCCCGGCCAGUGCAACGUGCUCCUCGCUGAGGCUAGCGUGCCGUAUGACAUCGUCCUGGAAAUGGACGAGAUCAACGACGACUUCCCCGACACGGAUCUGGCUGUUGUCAUUGGUGCUAACGACACUGUUAACCCCAUUGCCCUGGAGAAGGGUAGCUCCAUCGAGGGCAUGCCUGUGCUUCACGCCUGGAAGGCCAAGCAGGUUGUAGUGAUGAAGAGGAGUCUGGCCAGCGGCUAUGCCGAUGUUCCCAACCCCAUGUUUUACAUGCCCAACGCCAAGAUGCUUUUCGGAGAUGCUAGAGUCACUUGCGAAGCCAUCAAAUCGGCCAUCGAGUCCAAGUCGUCGUAG